GAGAGGGGCCGCAACUUCGGGAAGAUGAAUGUGAAGAACCAAGAUGUACUGCUGGAUUUGGAGGGGGAGGAGGAGGAGGAAGAUGAUGAUGAUGGGGAGAUCGUCUUGGAACUGAACCAGGUGAUUAUUCCUACUUACGGAACUGUACCGGAUCAACAAAACCUUCAUACUGCUGAAUGGGUGGAUUUUGAUGAUAAGCCUGACUCCUUGUUCUUCAGUGAUGGGCAGCGAAGAAUUGACUUUGUUUUGGUAUAUGAAGAUGAAAGUAAAAAAAUUACUCAUAAGAGGAGUGAUCGUAAAAACCAUAAGAGGAAGAGACAAGUAUAUGAAUCAAACCUGAUAAACAACGGCUUGCAACUAGAAGCAACGAGGUCGGUUUUGGAUGAGAAACUUAUUUUUGUGAAAGUGCAUGCACCUUGGGAAGUGCUGUGCACAUAUGCCGAGGUUAUGCAUAUCAAAUUGCCUCUGCAACACAAUGACCUGAAAACCCAAGACUCAGCUUUCAACUGGUUUAGUAGACUCUUCAGAGUGGACGAAAAUAUCAUCAAACCUGAGCAAGAGUUUUUCACUGCCCCUUUUCAAAAGGAACAUUUGACAAACUUUUAUAUCCAUGACAAAGACACAUUUUUCAAUCCUGCAACCAGAAGCCGAAUUGUUCAUUUUAUCCUGUCCCGUGUGGAAUAUGCAACCAAAAAUAAUGUGAAAAAGUUUGGCAUUAACAAAUUACUGGACACUGGAAUCUACAAAGCAGCAUUUCCCCUUCAUGAUUCUAAUUUUAAGCACCUCUCAACCGAUCCCAACUGCCCAAAUGAACGAUAUCUUCUUUACAGAGAAUGGGCUCAUCCUAAAAACAUCUUCAAACUACAACCCCUGGAUUUCAUCAGGAAAUACUAUGGAGAGAAAAUUGGCAUCUACUUUGCGUGGCUGGGCUUUUACACCAAUAUGCUGACUGUGGCCGCGGUUGUAGGAGUUGGCUGUUUUCUUUAUGGGUGCCUGACAAAGGACAACUGCACAUGGAGCCAAGAAGUAUGUGAUCCCAACAUAGGAGGUAAUAUCAUAAUGUGCCCUCAGUGUGAUAAAGUAUGUACCUACUGGAACCUCACCAUCACUUGUGAAUCAUCCAAGAAACUCUGUAUAUUUGAUAGCUUUGGAACACUGGUAUUUGCAGUAUUUAUGGGGAUAUGGGUUACUUUGUUUUUGGAGUUUUGGAAGCGACGGCAGGCUGAACUGGAGUAUGAGUGGGACACAGUUGAGUACUUGGAGCAAGAAGAACAAAUUCGCCCAGAAUAUGAAGCUCGGUGCACUCAUGUAGUAAUGAAUGAAAUCACACAGCAAGAAGAACAUGUGCCAUACACUGCCUGUGGGAAGUGCAUACGGAUGACUUUCUGUACAAGUGCCAUCUUCUUCUGGAUCCUUUUGAUUAUUGCUUCAGUUAUUGGAAUCAUUGUCUACAGGCUCUCAGUUUUCCUGGUGUUCUCUGCAACAUUGUCACAGCACCUUAGUGGAACCGAGGCGAUCCGCAAGUACCUGACUCCACAGACAGCCACUUCAGUGACCGCUUCUGUCAUCAGCUUUGUAGUCAUUAUGAUUCUCAACAUCAUCUAUGAAAAAGUGGCAAUCCUGAUUACCGACUUCGAACUUCCAAGGACACAGACUGAUUAUGAAAACAGUCUGACCACAAAGAUGUUCUUGUUCCAAUUUGUCAACUACUAUUCUUCAUGCUUCUACAUAGCCUUCUUUAAGGGGAAAUUUGUAGGUCACCCUGGAAAUCCAGUUUAUUGGCUGGGAAAGUAUCGCAAUGAAGAGUGUGAUCCAGGUGGAUGUCUUCUUGAGCUCACAACCCAGCUUGCCAUCAUAGUAGGAGGUAAAGCUAUCUGGAACAAUAUUCAAGAAGUGCUUCUUCCCGUGGUCAAGAACCUAAUUGGAAGAUACUCUGCAGCUGCUAGAUCAGAAAAAGUUGUUCCACGGUGGGAAGAAGACUACCACCUGCAGCCCAUUGGAAAACUUGGAUUGUUUUAUGAGUAUCUUGAAAUGGUUAUACAGUUUGGCUUUGUGACUCUGUUUGUGGCAUCAUUCCCCCUGGCUCCUCUUCUGGCUCUUAUUAACAACAUGUUGGAAAUCCGGUUGGAUGCGUGGAAGCUGACAACCCAAUUCAGGCGCAUGGUUCCGCAGAAGGCACAAGACAUUGGUGCCUGGCAACCCAUCCUGCAGGGCAUAGCCAUUCUGGCUGUGGUCACCAAUGCUAUGAUCAUUGCUUUUACAUCUGACAUGAUUCCUCGUCUGGUUUAUUACUGGUCCUUUUCAGUCCCUCCUUAUGGGAGUCACAGCAGUCACACUAUGAAAGGGUAUAUAAACAGCACACUUUCUAUCUUCAAUGUAUCAGACUUCAAGAACGCAAGCAAGCCAUUUUCCCCUUGGUUUGGGAACCAAACCACAUGCAGAUACCGGGAUCUCCGCUACCCUCCUGGUCACCAGCACCAGUAUGAGCACAACAUAUACUACUGGCAUGUCAUUGCAGCCAAGCUGGCUUUUGUCAUUGUCAUGGAGCAUGUCAUAUAUUUUGUGAAGUUUAUUAUUUCAUAUGCAAUUCCGGAUGUAUCACAAAAGACCAAGAGCAAGGUCAAACGAGAGAAGUACCUCACACAAAAACUCUUGCACGAGAACAAUCUCAAAGUUGUGAAAAAAAACAUGGGUAAAAUAGCUGACAAAGUUACCAAAGGAGCAGACAGCACUUUCCGACCCAAAGCUGAAUAAGUAAUUUUCAUAUAGAAUAACAGUAUUUAGCCAACUACAACCUGUCCAGAUAUUACCUAUAGCUAAUAAAACACUUUGGAUUAAUUCUCUUUACUAAACAUUAUUUCUUGUAACUGUUUCAUUUACCAGUUUCCCUUAGACAAAUGCAACCACUGCAACUCAGAUUAGAGUUACCAAUUUUUUAAACAGCUUUAGUGGGACUUUUUUUUAACAUGUGAAGAUAAAAAUUACUUAUCAUCUAAAGGCAACGCAGAUUAACUCCCAAAUAUAUAGAGUGCUUUGUACUUUUUUUAGGCAUCAGCUACUAGAUAACUAGUUUGAACGGAAUACAAAUGAUUUGUGGUAAGAAUAUCAUCACAUCUAAUGAAGAGUUUUGAUUGCUUGCUAAUACAAACUUCAACUAUAAAAUGAAGAGGAAAAGCCAAAAUAUGAAGGAAAGAGAAAGAAAAUACAACUCAAAAUCAUGUUGUUAAGCCAUUGGAAUUGACAUGCUAAGAGCAGUUGUUUGCUACCCUGAAUUAUUUAUGCAUACUGAGACUUAAAUGGAUAAAACAAGAUAUUUCAAUUAAUCAUGGACUUGGAUCACAAGAAGCAACAGGACUGUAAGCCCAUCCUGUUCAUCAAUCUCAGUGUAAACAGGAGAAUUGCCUUUGAAAUCAAUGCAUACAAACUAACACUCCAAGUGAGUAAAAAACUCAGGCAUUUUAUCUUUCCCCGGUCAAUGUAUUUUCAUUAGUUGACUUGCCCGUUCUACACUAAAUGCCCAAAGCCUUGAAGGUCUCCUACCUGUAAAAGCAAUAAGUGUUAUAAGUCUUUUCACGUACUAAAUCAAUAUUUGUGGAGGGCUGUCUUUUGCAUUUCUCUCACACCAGGAGCACUGCGCUCUUCCCUGAGAUUUUGACAUGGGAUGAAUGUGCAGCUGGACCUGUUAUGAUACAACAGUGUGAUAAAGUGAGUUCUGACAAGACUGUGAAUCUAUUGAAACUGGAGUUUGGAAUAAACCAUUUAGUAGGCCUUAACCAUGCUACGGAGCUUUAAAUAACGGGGAAGGAUGUUAGAGGUGUGGAGGCAUGUGCUACAGCCAUCAGUCAUCUUCAAAUUAGGCUGAAGAUCUGCUUGGCUAUUUUGGGACCAGCCGCAAACUGGGAAAUAGGGAAGUAGAGACAGUAGAGACUGCUAUGUGUCUGCAGCAGUGAUAUUCCAGAUUAUUAACUUGCUUUCUCUUUUAACGGUUUUAAUGGACCAAUUUCUAUAAAUUUCUAUAAAUCACAAAAACCCAAAUCUUGUUAAAAAAGCAAAGCUAUGUUUGUAAUCUAUAAACCAGGUGAUUACUUUGUGUUUGUAAUUUUGUACUCUUAAAUGCAAUAGAUAGGCAGAAUUUUUAGGCACAUUAUUCAUAUCCGUUUUUACUUAUUAAGAAUUUCAUUUGCAGAAACUAAGUAGCAUUUGUAAGAUAAAUAUUAUUCCAUUAAUAAUCAGAAGGAAUCAAACCUUUGAAUUUUGUAGCAAAACUUCCAAAUACUGGCUGCUGUGUAGCUCAAGCCUGUCUUUUGAAGAGAAACAUACAGAACCAUAGGAUCAUUUAGGUUGGAAAAGACCUGGAAGAUCAUCCAACCAUCAAAUCAAGACUGCCAAAUCCAUAACCAUGUCCUGGAGUGCAACUUUUACAUGUCUUUUAAGUAUCACUCUCUGGGCCCAGCUGUCCAGCCAGUUUUUUUACCCAGUGAACAGUAUGUCUGUCCAAACCAUGAGCAUCAGCUCAGUACCCUUGGAUGGAUCCUGUCCAAAUCCAGAGACCUGUGUGUGUCUAAGUGGCGCAGCAGAUUACUGACCAUUUCCCCUUGGAUUAUGAGGACUUCAUUCUGCUCUCUGUCCCUGUCUCCCAGCUCAGGGAGCUGAGUACUCGAGGGGCAACUAGUUUGACUACUAAAGACUGAGCCAAAGGUAGCUUUAAGUACCUCAGCCUUUUCCUCCUUCAUUGUUACUGUGUUUCUCCCCCAUAUCCAAUAAAAGAUGAAGAGUCUCCUUAGUCCUCCUUUUGUUGCUAAUAUAUUUAUAAAAACAUUUUUCGUUGUCUUUUACAACAGUAGCCAGAUGAAGUUCUAGCUGUGCUUUGGUUUGGCCCUUCUAAUUUUCUCCCUGUAUAACCUCACAACAUCCUUGGUAGUCCUCCUGAGCUGCCUGCCCCUUCUUCCAAAGGUUUUAAACUCUCCUUUCUUGCAUGAUACCAGCCAAAGCUCUCUGUUCAGCCAGGUCAGUCUUCUUUUCCUCUUUUUAGUAUUUCCAAGGAUGGAGACUCCACAACCUCCCUGGGCAACCUCCCUGCCAGUGUUCAGUCAUCCUCACCGUGAAAAAGUGUUUCAGUUUGUGACCACUGCUUCUGGUCCUGUCACUGCACAUGGCAUACCAAAUUUUUGGUUAAAACAGUGUUUCUUUCCAAAAAACUGUUUCAACUGUUUCAAGGAACAAUUUUAUUGAAAUACUCAGGACUUUCUUGUGCAAAAUGAGUUGGGUUAGAAAGGACAGCCAGCUCCUUUCGUACUUGCAGCUUUUGAUUUUAGCUUUCAGCUGGCCCUUUCCCAUGUGCAGUGGCGUUCAGAUGAGAGAUACCAUUUUCAUUCUUCCGUUAGUGAUCACAGCACUAGUGUGCCUUUAAUACCUUUCCAGAUGCUAUGUUAGAAGGCUGGGGCAGGGAAGAAGGCAUUCUGUGGUAAGGGAGGGACAAAUGCAGGGCAAAGUGGACCAUUUCAGGUAAUUAUUUGGUCUUCUGGUAGCAUUUGUAGCCUUCUUUGAGAGGUAAAGAGACUAGGAAAAAAGGAAUUGAAUGUCUUGCCUGGGGUCAUACUGUGAGCAAUGGCAGAGCUUAAGGCUGAUUUUCAGGAGUGCCUGGUCUUUUGCUCCUUGUUUGAUUCCUGUGGGCUCUCCAAGUUGUUCCUUUUUACAUUGGUUGGCACCAUUUCCUUAAGGGGGAGUUGGCCCUCAGUGUCAUCGGGAGUUUAUAUUCCUGCCUUUAAAAUAAGGAUUUAAAAAACCACACUGUAUCAGCAAAGCGUGUGUAUCUGACUUGAGCUCCUCCCAUAAUAAAAUCCUAAUCAGCUUUGAAUGUGUUUCUACUUAACCAUUUUUGUUCAAAUGACAAGUGUGCUUUUGAAAGUGGUCUUCCACUUGUCCCCAUUUUCUGGGCAGUUCUCCCCAUCACAGACUGGUCUCAGUGCACAUGGACUGACUUCCUCUUGGUUUAAACUGAACUAGAAAGCAGGGUUUAGAUAUGCACUUAAUUGUCACUGUCAGGCACUCAGUAGGCAGAGCUGAAACCGGAGCUAGGCUGAAGAGAGCAGUGAGUGCUGCGUGGGAAUCACCUAGUCAACAUUAACUUUUUGCUCUAGUGAUUUACUUCUGAAAUGCCAUGCUCCUUGCUAAUGUAGCUGUAACAUUUCAUUUCAGAAGACAUUACAUCAGGAAUUCUGUUCAGUUUGCCAUGUGCACAGUGUUAUCCACAGCAGAUUUCUGAGUGAGAAAACCAACAGAGUGCGUAAUAAUUGCAUUUUAAUAACUUGAUUUAAGCUGUGCAAUUUCUGUAGCCUCUACCUCCAAGUGCUGAAAUGUGCUUUGCUUGUACACAGGGAGCUCUGCAGAGGCAUCAGAACAAAAUGCUGGGGGAGGCAGUUGCCAAAAAAUGAGUAUUUGUAACAUUUUUUUUUAGGCUGGGUCAUUUUAAUUAAAGAUCUGCUUGAAGGGAAAACUAACAUUUAUUUUAAAUUGAUGGUACCUUUUUUUCUUUCACACUUGAUAUGUAGGCCAGACUCUUACUUUGUACAGAUCUGUUGAAGUCAGGGUGAAUUUGGACCAGUGACAGUUUCACUGCAUUAACAAGACCAUAAGUUACAGACUGUUGUCACUGUUUUAGACUGUGUAUAUGAUGAUAAAAUUCAGAAUGUAAGAAUGUAUGUUUUGUAUUUUUUCUAAGAAUGUUCGCUAUUAGUUUCUGAAUAUUAAGAUUUCUUUAUAUUUAUUGUCAUUAAAGUCUAUUUUAAAAUAACAGUACAUCUGAUGUUGUUUAGCAUUGUGUGAUUUUCUGUGAACGAUAUUUCUGCUGCCAAAUGCCACAUUUAAAUUAUUACAAUGUCAUCCCUAUCUAAUUUCCAUAUUCAUCCUCUUUUUCAAUCUUUUUCCGUUAAACUGUUAC